AUGUCGAACUCCGCGACCACCACCGAAGCAACCUCCUCCCCACGAGGAGCCCGCAGAGACGGGGGCAAUCGCUCCAGUCAGCACAAUCGUGCUGGAUCCUACGAUCGAGACUCAUUUGAUAACCGAGCGGACACGACCUCUGGAAGACCGCCCGGAGGCGGCUUCGGUGCUCGCCUGUCCGAAGCUGCCUCACAACUUGAAGGCGAUUCAAGUGAACCUCAUCCUCAAGAGAAUGACAAUGAAUCUGGACCCGCAGAAGAAGGGGAGUUGUGCUUCAUUUGCGCCAGUCCUGUCGAGCAUGUCUCUAUUGCACCGUGCAAUCAUCAAACAUGCCACAUUUGCUCCUUGAGGCUGAGGGCACUUUACAAGACACGAGCUUGUGCACACUGCAGAACGGAGGCACCUUUUGUGAUCUUUACCGACAAUGCAGAGAAACGUUACGAGGACUUCAAGGAUGCUGAAUUUGCCAAGAUCGACGACAAUUUGGGAAUCAAAUACGAAAAAGAUAUCAUCCUGGAAGACACCAUAUUGUUGCUUCGAUAUAACUGUCCAGACAAGGAUUGUGAUGUUGCGUGCCUAGGAUGGCCGGAUCUGCACCGUCAUGUCAGGAGCAAGCAUGGAAAGGUAAUGUGUGAUUUAUGCACGAGAAACAAGAAAGUUUUCACCCAUGAACACGACUUGUUCACGUUUGGCGAGUUACGCAAGCACGAGAAGUUCGGCGACGAUAACCCGGGAGCUGUCGACCAGUCUGGCUUUAAAGGACAUCCUGAAUGCGGUUUUUGCAAGCAAAGAUUCUAUGGAGAUGAUGAACUUUAUACUCACUGUCGAGAGAAACAUGAGAGGUGUCACAUUUGUGAUAGACGCAACGGCGGGAGGAAUCCGCAGUACUACCUCAACUACCAAGAACUCGAAAAACAUUUUGCGGCGGAACAUUUUGUCUGUCUUGAUGCCGAAUGUCAGGCCAACAAGACGAACGUCUUCGAGUCGGAAAUGGACCUCAAGGCGCAUCAGCUCGCCGAACACCCAAAUGGACUUUCUAAGGAUGCUCGUAGGGAUGCUCGUCUUGUCGAUCUGUCCGGUUUUGCUCUUCGAGAGCCCUACCAACCAGCUCGAAGAGGAGAUCGAGCAAAUCGCGGCAUUGGAAGGGGUCGAGAUCCAAAUGCCGAACCACUACCAAUAUCAAGCGCUCAGCCACUUGGUCGCGCAGAGCUGGCGUAUCAACGUCAACUGGCGAUUCAAAGCUCUCAAUCUGUCUCGAGCAGGAAUUUUGGCGGCCAAUUAACACAGACCACUCCCGUCACUCGCCGUCCGCCAGCGUCUCCACAACCGCCUUCAUCAUUACCGGCUGUCGAGAAUCUCAGCGUCGAAGACAGGUCCACACCAGCCCCAGCCCUCACUCCUCAAGAACAAGCACGAGCUUUACGCCACCAAGCAGUAACUGACCGCGCCACAUCGCUUCUUAAGAACGAUAAGACGAAGCUGUCCCAGUUUCGGACCCAUGUCUCGGCCUACCGCAGCGGCACUAGCUCUGCGAACAACCUCAUUGAUUCAUUCUUCUCCCUGUUCGACUGCCCAAGUUCAGAACUGGGCAAGCUCGUCCGCGAGCUAGCAGAUCUGUACGAAGAUGAGACAAGGCGCCAGGAUCUACUGCAGGCGUGGAAUAACUGGCGCAGUAUCAAUGAAGAUUACCCCAGCCUACCCGGCCCAAGUGGCACUCUCCCAGGCGUCUCGACCGGGCCCGUAACUUCUGGCCGAAGGGUGUUAACAUUGAAGAAAAGCACGGCCCAGUCCUCCCGCUCAGCGGUGUCAAGACAAGGUUCUUGGGGCAAAGCCAUAGCUCCGGGAACAAGUCAAGAACCAUUUCCUGCCUUAUCAGGCGCAGCAGAGAAGAGCGCUCCGCGUGCUGGUACAUCUCGAGCAACUCCUCCCGCGUGGACCACUACCUCCGCGUCCACAACAGCUACCACCACUACUCCAAGAGUCGUACGCCCAGGGGUACCUACGACAGCGUCCACGCUCCGUCAGAACACAAACACACAUAACCUCGCUCCUCCCCGACCCACAGAGGACGCGUUCCCCUCGUUGCCCGCUGCACCGAAACCAAACACUAUGAUGGCCGGCUUCAACACACGGGGUUCGGUGAGAUGGUUCGGCUCAGCUCCCGGCUCAGGCACCACUACACCGGUGAAUCCGUGGGGAAACGGAGGGCUUGCGCCCACACCAGCACAAGCACAGACAUCCGGAGCUGCCAGUGCAGGUCGCCCGGAAGGAAUCGGUGACAACAUCGACGGUGGUGAAGGGGCUUCAUCGGGGAGAAGGAAAGGGAAAAAGGGAAAAAAGGGAGAGACCUUAUUUCAUUUUGGAUAG